AUGCCCCCAGUUGGGACGAUUGUUUCAACUAAUCACAAGAUGUUAUCAUCGCAGUCGAUUUAUGAGACUGUGAAAGGUUCUCAUCUGUAUAAGAUAAUAGGAUAUUCUCUGGCAAAGGGAAUUGGAGUUGGUAAAUUCAUGAGUAGUCAAACAAUUACAGUGGGUGGUCAUGAUUGGGUUAUACAUUUUUAUCCAGACGGCGAAACUAAAGCUAGCGAGGAGCACGUAUCCUUGUUUCUUAAGUUAGUAAGCCCUAGAGAAGUUAGGGCAACGUUUGAGUUUAAAAUACUAGACCAAAGCGAAAAAGGGAAUCAUUCUGUUCAUAAUGUUUGUGCAAGAAUGUUUAAUACCUCAGGAACUGAUAACUCAUGGGGAUUUCCAAAGUGUAUAAAGAGGUCGGAGUUGGAGACCUCAAGUUAUCUCAAAGCUGAUUCCCUUAGCAUUCAGUGUACCAUCGGAAUAGUGCAAAACCGUGAUGAAACAGCGGAAAUUCUUUUUGAAGAGGAGAAACAUUAUGUUAUUCCUCCAUCAGAUAUGAUUCAGAAUCUUAAGGGUUUGCUGGAAUCUGAAAUUGGUUCUCAUAUUACUUUUCGAGUUGGCAAUGAAUUCUUCAAAGCCCAUAAAUCAAUACUUGCAGCUCGAUCUCCAGUAUAUAGAGCUCAGUUUUUCGGUUUAGUGGAUAGUCCAGACAUGGAAACAAUAGUCAUUAAAGAGUUUGAACCCUUUGCUUUUAAGGCAAUGUUACUAUUUUUGUACUCAGAUGUGCUCCCUGAACCAUGUGAAGUUUCUGAUUCAGAUUGUCCUUUCACUACAACAAUACUCAUGCAGCAUUUGUUAGCUGCAGCAGAUCUCUAUGAUCUUGCUCGAUUGAAACUCAUGUGUGAGGCAAAAUUAUUUGAAGAAAUGACUGCAGAUACCGUUGCAACAACACUGGCCCUGGCAGAACGAUACCGAUGCCUGCAACUGAAAACUGACUGCUUACACUUCGCCGCUAGACCUGAAAAUUUGGGAGAGUUUAUAAAGUCGGAUGGGUACGCAUAUUUGGAGAAAUCAUGUCCCUCACUAUUGACAGAUCUGUUGAAGACUAGUGCAGUGAUGGAUAAAAAAUGA